CAAGGCCACACAGAAAUCUGUUGGAAAUCCCUGUGGAAACAAACGCAAAUGAAAAGCCGCAGAGAGCAAAGGCUGCUCACCAGCCCAUCUCCUCUCAUGAAUGCUGCUCUGGGAACCACCUCUCUGCUCUCCAUCACUACCACUCUAGCCUGUGGCCUGCUCCUGGUUGAAGAAGCCAUCAAUCAAAAUGAAUACCACUCUGGAAAUCUUGGGUGGCCUGACCCGAUAUUUUCGCAUAGUGGCCACAGAUAUUUUAGGCCCCCAAGAGGUAGUCAUACUCUUUCAAUUUUACUGGUUCCACUGUUUGAGGAACUUGGAACAAUUUCCCCAGGGACUGGUCUGGAGGUACUGUUGAAUAACACCACAGUGUUUUUCUUCCUCCCCACUAAGGGCCCGUUGAUGUCUCAAGAUGAGACAUAAACCUUUUGGUGCUCAACUCACUCAGCAUGAGAGUCCUGCUUUCCCUCAGCACUCUUGCCCUUCGAGGGUGGGGCCAAAUAUUUUCUCCCUUUAUUACUGGUGACUUCUGAUCCUGGUUUUUGUUAUUUGUCAUUCCCGGGGGAAUUUAGUACCCUGUGUCUUGGUAAAUUGUAAGACCGCUGUGGAUUUUGGGGUUAAGUCUCAUUUCCCUAUCCCUCCCUUCAAGAGAAGAAAGAAAGAGAGAGAACACCCAAACCCUGCAUCGUC